CAUAUUUGUUUCUCUCCGGACCGUUCUGAAAGUAGCACUGCGGUGUACGGCAGUGUCAAAUCUUUGGUUGAUUUCUGUUUAUUUUCGUACAGACCGACUUCUAACAAAUAGUAAUAAUAAUGGAUGAUCAGGGAUGCCCGAGGUGCAAGACAACAAAAUACAGGAACCCAUCUCUGAAGCUGAUGGUCAAUGUGUGUGGACACACGCUGUGUGAGAGCUGCGUGGAGAUGCUCUUUGUCCGCGGCUCAGGUAACUGUGUGCAGUGUAACACUCCUCUAAGAAAGAGUAAUUUCCGCGUGCAGCUCUUCGAAGAUCCAGCCAUCGAUAAAGAAGUGGAGAUCCGCAAGAAAGUCCUUAAAAUUUAUAAUAAGAGGGAAUUUGAUUUUUCCUCUCUGAAAGAUUAUAAUGACUACCUAGAGCAGGUGGAGGACAUUGUGUUUAACUUGACUAAUAACGUAGAUGUAGAAAGGACCAAGCAGAUGAUGGAGCAGUACCAGCGAGAGAACCGGGACAUUAUACAGAAAAACAAAGUCAAACUGACACGUGAGCAGGAGGAGUUGGAGGAGUUGUUGUUACAGGAGCAGCAGGAUUCAGAGCAGAGGAGACUGGAGACCCUGCAAGAGGAACAGAGACAACUACAAGCCAAGAGGAAAAACAAACAGGCCCUGCUAGAUGAACUGGAGAGUUCUCAGUUACCUGCGGCUUUGCUUCUGGCCAAACAUAAAGAUCGAGCCGCUCAACUGGAGACUCGGAUAGAAAAACAGAAGCAGAACGUCAAACCAACAAACAUCUUCUCUACUGGAAUACUGAUGGGUCAGACUGUGUCUUUGGCCCCCGUGUCUCGUAUAGAGGAGGUGUUGUACGUCUAUCAGCCUAUGUACGUAGACACAUACGGACCCCCUGUUCCAGAUCUGGAUCAGCUCGGCCGACUGGGGUAUUUGAAUCAUGUGCGCACAGCAUCUCUACAGGAUCAGGCUGGUGGUUAUUUACCAGGACUAGCCUGCCAUCGUGCUAUCCAGGAUGCCUUCAGUGGCCUGUUUCCUUCAUGAUCUCUUCUGCUCACCUGUUUCUCUUUACAUAAAGACAUUUAAGAAGAGAAAUGCAGGCAGAGAUGGACAGAGAUCAUGGUUUAGAUUCUUCUGGAGGACUCGCUGAAUAUGACUGAAUUCAGAAUACUCUGAUCCCUGGGGUUUGUGAUGAAGAGUAUUAUAUGAACAAGCUUUAAUAGGUGUACAGAUAUUUUUGUUGAUAAUUUUUGUAAUGCCGUUUCAUUUAAAUAAAGAAAGAAAACAA